AAGCCGUCGAUGGGCUGAUUGAACGUUCUCUGAAUCACCACAACUCGCUCACUUUACUGUAAUAGAAUCACCGACUCACCACUAUUCUCUCAUAAAACGUCAAUUGAGAGAAGGACAAAAAAGAACACCAACAGGCCCCCGGCACCGUCGCAUCUUGUUGUCUCUUAUCUCUUCCAUCUUUCAUCUCACUUCACAAGUCCAACGUCAAGGACAAGCUCACGCAACCCUAUUCGACAAAGCCCUCUUCGAUGCCCGACCCAGGCAUCUCCCAAUUCACCUCCGUUUUUCGCGCCACCGAUUCCUACCGCGUGAAGCGAUCCCGCCCAGCCGUCUCUUGCACGGCCUGCCAGCGACGCAAGUCUAGAUGCGAUCGCCAGCAUCCAUGCGGCGCCUGCGAGAAGCGCGGCGUGGGUGGUGCUUGCUCGUACGGCCCAGCAGCGGCGGCGGCAUCUUCGUCAACGGCUGAGAAUAGGGCAGCCGGGCGUGGCAGUAGCAGCAGCAGUAGACAGGAUGUCCAGCUCAAGCUCAGCCAGCUUGAGCAGAUGGUGAGAGGGCUGGCUGAGAAUCGCUUCGCAAAAAGGGAUUCGGCUCCGUGCGAUGGUCUACGCCCUGGAGGAUAUGACAAAGAGGAGCUGGAGACGAACUACCACGGGGCUACUUCGUGGACUGCGCUGGUGGAGGGCAUCCGCGAUAUCCAGGACGUGUUGGCGGCGGAUGGAGAGCCAGACUAUGCUGAUGAUGGCGCAGAGGCGACAGAACCAGAGGUCGUGCUGGGAGACGUGCCGCCCAUCACCAUCAAGGAAGUCGUGGAGAGCUUGCCGUCGAGGAAGGAGGCCGAUCGGCUCAUCAUGGCGUACUUCAGAGCAAAGUUCGUUGCCGUCAUCUUUGUCCACACGCACCAGUUCAAGCGUCGGUACGAUGCUUUCUGGACGGAUCCCUCCUCGGCCGACUUCCUCUGGAUCAGCAUCCUGUUCUCCAUCCUCAGCAUCGGCACAAUGAUUGCAAACACCAAAGAGCCAGACACAAAAUCCUCCACAUCGUCGACAUCGGCAUCGUCCUCGCCCUUCGUGGUAGGGCCCGACUCGCGCUUCUACAUGACAAAGGCCGCGCAGUGCCUCGUCGCAGGGCAGUACUUCACGGGGAGGCGCUUCUCCGUCGAGGCCCUCCUCAUGCACGCCCACUCGCGCAACGUCCAGAAACUGGAUUCCGACUCGUCAUCGUGGUCUCUCUACGGCCUUGCUGUGCGUCUGGCGCAGAGGCAAGGGUAUCAUCGGGAUGCGGCCAAGGUGUCGAGCAACAGGGCCAUGACGCCCUUUGAAGCGGAGAUGCGGCGCAGGACGUGGUUUGUAAUACAGUCAACGGAUCUGCUGUUCUCGUUCCAGAAUGGCAUGCCGCCGAUUAUCACAGAGGAUGUCUGUGACGUUGAUCAUCCUACGAAUCUCACGGACGAUGACUUCGAUGAGGAUACCGUCUCGCUGCCUGCUCCUCGUCCACCGACAGAUCCCAUCCCCGCCAUCGCUUGCAUCACGAAAUCAAAGCUCUGUCGUGUCAUGCGCCGUGUGGUUCGCCACGUCCUCGCCGUCACUCCAGCUCCUUACGCCGAAACACUGGCCCUCAAUCAAGAACUUCAAGAGUGGCAUGAUUCUGUGCCGGCCUGUCUGCGCAUCCGUACCAUCCGCAACACGGCCUUUACAGAUGCUAAUUACACAAUCAUGCAUCGCCUAAUGCUUGAGCUGAUGUAUCUCAAGAGCUUGUGUAUCCUCCAUCGUCCGCAUCUGACACUCCAUAAGCAUGACGCCGAGUAUGACGCCUCAAGGCGGAUUUGCAGGGAGUCGGCGCUCGCGAUACUGGAAAUACAGGCAGAGCUCGAUAUGGAGACUGCAGCGGGGGGGAGGAUGUACGAGGACAGAUUCAUGGUUUCGAGUCUGACGCUGCAUCAUUUCUUGCUCGCAGCCAUGAUUAUGUGCUUGGAUCUCAGCGAGUCUACAGAUAUAAGCCCCAAAGACAGGACCAAGCGCAUAACCACCCUCCGCACCGCCUAUUCCAUCUGGUCUGCCCGCCGCACCACCUCCAUCGACGCCCUCCACGCCUCCAGAAUACUCGGUGCUAUUCUCAACCGGAUCGAUCCCCCAGGCAUCGGCGCCUGUGCAAGCUCUUCCGGCCAAAUGACCAACACCCCAAAUUCUUCUUCUCUUCUCCAAAAUUACGGAAGCGUUUCUACAAUGUCGGAGCAUGCGAUGCCGCAGCAGCAGCCGUUGAUUCUCAAUGGCAGCGAUAUCCCGGCUUAUGGCCUCACAGACGACAUGCCGUUUGGCGAUUCUGAAGCCGGUGAUGCCAUGCUUAGUUUCGAAGAAAUGUUUGACGACACGAAUAUGUUUGAUUGGGGUUCCUUCGACCAGUAUAUCCAGUCUGACUCUAGAUCUUGGAGACAAUUCUUCUCCGGUACCAGCUUAUAGUGCUCACUACAUACUAUCACUCGAUCAAUCGUUACAAUAAUAAAAGGGAGCUAUAAUCCUCUGGGUUGUAUAUUUCACAAUAAUAUAUAGGGUUCUUAAUCUCGUCCACGAGGAAAAAAGAAAAAGAAUAAAGCAGAAUAAACCCAUCGUGGUAGGCGUUCAAGCAGACAAGCGUCUCCCGAGAAAAGCAAAAUAAAAAAAGUCAAGUGAAAACCGCAAAGCUUGCUUAGAUGACCCCAUUAGGCACAUUAUCCAUAUCCAAGUCCAGCCACAAAAUACAAAUGAUCCCUAAUGUUCUCCUUUCUCAGAGGCAUAGUUCGACAGAAGACACACACAUAGAUAGAGCAGCACAAAAUAAUAGCAACACAAAACUAAGGGUACACACAACGCUAAUCCAAAAUAAAAAGAAAUAAAAGUCA